UCUAGCAACAAACACUGAAACUGUUGAUGAAGAGAUAAGGAAAUCUGCAGGACCACUUCUCUUCUCUGAAGCCUUCCUGGGCAGUACUCUUCACAGAGAAUGAACGAAAACUACUGGUAGCUUUACUUUCAAAGUUACACAUAAUGCAAUUUCAUCAUUUUCCAGUUGCUCGAGCUCCUUAUAGUACAAACUCAGUAUAUCUUGGCUCCCUCAACCGCUGCAGCAACAGGAGAAGCUGCUGUUUCAUCACCAGAUCUUCCAGGAGAUGCAUCCUGGCAACCGGCUUGCUUGCAGCUUCUUCUGUUUUGGUUCCAGUCCCUCUGGCAGAGGCUGUUGAGGCACCACAGGAAGCAGACACGUUGGCUAACAUCCCUCAGACACUCUCCGGUGAGUGUGCUUCCACCAAAGACUGCAAAAAAGCUAGAAUCCAACACCCCAAAUCCAAGAAAGCAGAGUCAUGCACAGUCAAGUGUGUCAACACCUGCAUUCGAGGCGGCGAUGGCUCCCCCGGAGAAGGCCCUCUUAACAUCAGAAGACCUCUAGUGGUUUUUAAACAAGGGUUUCGAAGCCGCCAAUACUGCUUGGUGGAGUGUUCGGAUAUAUGUAAUUUGAUUGGAGAUGCUGAUGAUGGACCCUGAAACAUGGAAAAAUACACCAUUUUUUUCUUUCAAUUUUUGGUUGUUGAAGAUAGACAAAAUGAAUUUGAGCUAAUAUAUUGUCUCCAAUUGCCAUAUCAAUGUAGAGCAAAACACAUCCGAGUUUGAGAAAGAGAAG